UUCAUGGCAGGAUAGCGUUUCAAUGAGUUCCACGUCGUUUUACGUGAAUUGAUCAACCGUCGCCGGUAUGGACUGGGGCCGCUUGACCGGACCGGGCGGGGUGCUGUGCUCCUUGUCGCUGCUUUGUGUCAUCCUGGACGGCGUGUUGGGGGCGACUGGCGGCGAGAUUGAGCAUCACUUGGAGAUGGGCCGCAAACUUUUGGCAGCCGGUCAGCUGGCUGAAGCCUUGUCCCACUACCACUCUGCUGUGGAGGUAGAUUCAAAGAACUACCUGACCUACUACAAACGCGCCGCCGUCUUCCUGGCCAUGGGCAAGUCCCGAUCCGCCCUCCCCGACCUGACCAGGGCCGUCCAGCUCAAGCCGGACUUCCUUGCUGCCCGGCUGCAGAGGGGCAACAUCCUUUUGAAACAAGGCAACGCGCAGGAGGCCCGCGACGACUUCGAAGCAGUGGUGGGCGCAUCUAACGCCUUCUGUUCGACUCCUAUUCAGGGUUUUUCCUGGCUCAGAUUGAGGCAGAGGUUGUACCGUUUUUUUUUUCCCCCCCCCCCCGCCGUCCAGCUCCGGCCCUCUCCGGAGUACGCGGACGCACGAGAGCAGCUGGCGAGAGCCCGAGACCUGGAGGAGCUGCAGGAGGACGCUCGGGUGGCGUACCACCGGGCCGACUAUGGCGCCGCCAUCUCGGUGCUGGAGCGAGUCAUUGAGAUCUCGCCGUGGGAUCCCGAGAUGCGGGAGCUCCGCGCCGACUGCUACCUCCGCACGGGGGACCCGCAGAAGGCCAUCCAAGACCUGGCGCCCGCCACCCGGCUGCGCAGCGACAACCGUGCCGCCUUCCUUAAGAUCAGCCUGCUGCACUACAGCCUGGGGGAGCACCAUGAGUCUCUCAACCAAGUCCGAGAGUGUCUGAAGCUGGACCAGGACGACAAGGAGUGCCUGGGCCACUACAAGCAGGUGAAGAAGCUCAGCAAGCAGCUGGACUCGGCCGAGGAGCUCAUCCGGGCGGAAAGGUACCGUGACGCCAUCGAGAAGUACGAGGGCGUGAUGAAAGCGGACCCCCACGUGCCGUACUACACCAACCUGGCCAAGGAAAGAAUCUGCUUCUGUCUCGUCAAGGUCAAUGCGGCCACGGAGGCCAUCGACGUGUGCUCCGAGGCGCACCAGAGGGACCCUCGCAACGCCAGGAUCCUGCGCGACCGCGCCGAGGCCUUCAUCCUCAACCAGGACUACGAGAAAGCCGUGGAGGACUACCAGGAGGCGCAGGAGUUCGACGCCGACAGCAACGACAUCCGAGAAGGGCUGGAGCGAGCGCGGAAGCUGCUCAAGAUCUCGCACAAGAGAGACUACUACAAAAUCCUCGGAGUGAGCCGGGCGGCCAACAAGCAGGAGAUCAUCAAGGCGUACAGGAAGCUGGCGCAGCAGUGGCACCCCGACAACUUCCAGUUGGAGGCCGAGAAGAAGGAGGCGGAGAAGAAGUUCAUCGACAUCGCCUCGGCCAAGGAGGUCCUCACCGACCCGGAAAUGAGGCAGAAGUUUGACGCAGGCGAGGACCCGUUGGACCCGGAGAACCAGCAGCAGCAGGGCGGCGGACACAACGGACACGCCUGGCCCUUCUCCUUCAACCCUUUCGAGUCGGGAGGCAGCUUCCACUUCAAGUUCCAGUAAACUUCCGACUCCCUGCUGCAGCGUCAGCGCGCGGACUACUCUGUUGGAGGGGAGGGGGAUGGCUGACUGACUAAAAAACUGCAAAGCCACUUUCGCUUCGUUGCAAAUAUACAUUUCAUAUAUAUAUAUAUAUAUAUAUAUAUAAUUUUUUUUUAUUAUUACGUGCCAUUUUUUUUUUUUUUUACUGAUUUGCUCAAAGACUGAUGUCAGUAAUUGUCCAAAAUGGACAAUGAAUGCUGGGAGACGAUUAUUUUUGCUUGUUGGUUUUGUCAUUUCCAAAUCUGCACUUUUGUUUUCAGAAGCAACAUUUCCCGAAACAAAGGCUCUCAAAUUGCAACUAUUGCCAAGCCAAAAGUGUCUUAAUAAAGUGACUGACGCUUCAAAGUACAGUGGUAGCUCGAAAUAGAAGUUUAAUUUGUCCCGUGACCGGUCAGAAUUUAAUUUCAUCUCGUCUCAAAUUGCGAGUGAGACGCGGGGUGCCGGGCCGAUACCACUAUUUACACUGUAAUUUAUGGAGGAGAACAUAGGUUAUUUAUUUAGGUUUUUUGUUUUGUUUUGUUUUUUGUGCUCUCGCAUUUUUGUUGUCACUCUGAUGCAGGGGUCCAAUUCAACUGCAUUAAAAUGAUCCAAAAACAAAAAUACAAA